AUGAAUACUGGAGGACGACUCGUUGCUGGUUCCCACAAUCGGAACGAGCUCGUGCUCAUCAAUGCCGAAGAAAAUGGAAAGAUUAAGUCUGUCCAAGAAUUGAGUGGACAGAUAUGUCAGAUUUGUGGGGACGAGAUAGAGAUUAUGGACCAAGGGGAGAUAUUUGUUGCCUGCAAUGAGUGUGCUUUCCCUAUUUGUCGACCUUGCUAUGAGUAUGAAAGACUAGAGGGGAAUCAGGCUUGUCCCCAGUGUAAGACCAGAUUCAAACGUAUCAGAGGCAGUCCCAGGGUUGAAGGUGAUGAAGAAGAGGUUCAGACUGAUGACUUGGACAAAGAGUUUGGUUAUAAAGAUUCUGAUGCUUCGGGCCAGCAACCUACUUCAGAUUCUAAUUCUAAUACAUGUGGCAUCCCCACAAAUUCAGAACAGGAUGCUCAUCUUAAUCCCAAAAUCCCACUUUUGACUUAUGGGGAGGAGGAUCCUGAUAUAUCUUCUGAUCGACACGCUCUAAUUGUCCCCCCAUACUCGAAUAAUGGAAGCAGGGUUCAUCCCAUGUCUUAUACUGAUCAGCCUAAUUCAUUGAAACCCAAGUCAAUGGUUCAGGGGAAAGAUAUUGCUGUGUAUGGGUAUGGAAGUGUGGCUUGGAAAUAUCGGAUGGAAGAGUGGAAGAGAAGGCAGAAUGAAAAAUUUCAGGUGGUAAAUCUUGAAGGGAGUAACCAUAGUGGAAAUUUUGGUGAUGAGUUGGACGACCCUGAUUUCCCCAUGAUGGAUGAAGGCAGGCAGCCACUGUCACGGAAGAUACCCAUCCCUUCAAGCAAGAUAAAUCCAUACAGAAUAAUUAUAAUCCUCCGUCUUGUAAUCCUUGGGCUCUUCUUUCAUUAUAGAAUUCUUCAUCCAGUUAAUGAUGCAUUUGGCUUGUGGUUAACAUCAGUCAUCUGUGAAAUAUGGUUUGCUGUUUCAUGGAUAAUGGAUCAGUUUCCAAAAUGGUGCCCAAUAGUUCGAGAAACAUACCUUGAUCGUCUGUCGCUGAGGUAUGAAAAAGAAGGGAAGCCAUCUGAGUUGUCCAGUGUGGACGUCUUUGUCAGCACAGUUGAUCCUUUGAAAGAACCUCCCCUGAUAACCGCAAACACUGUUUUGUCUAUCCUUGCAGUUGAUUAUCCAGUUGAUAAAGUUGCAUGCUAUGUCUCAGAUGAUGGUGCUGCCAUGCUUACUUUUGAGGCACUCUCUGAGACAUCUGAAUUCGCUAGGAGAUGGGUGCCAUUCUGUAAAAAAUACAGUAUUGAACCUCGGGCUCCAGAAUGGUAUUUCAAUCAAAAGAUGGAUUAUCUGAAAAAUAAAGUUCAUCCAGCAUUUGUCAAAGAAAGGAGAGAAAUGAAGCGAGAAUAUGAAGAGUUUAAGGUGAGGAUAAACAGUUUGGUUGCAACUGCACAAAAGGUUCCUGAAGAUGGAUGGACAAUGCAGGAUGGAACACCAUGGCCUGGAAAUAAUGUGAGGGAUCAUCCUGGCAUGAUUCAGGUCUUUCUUGGUCAUGAUGGUGUUCGCGAUAUUGAAGGAAAUGAGUUGCCUCGCUUGUUAUAUGUAUCUAGAGAAAAGCGACCAGGCUUUGAUCAUCACAAAAAAGCGGGGGCAAUGAAUUCUCUGAUACGAGUGUCCUCGAUAAUAUCAAAUGCGCCUUAUCUUCUGAAUGUUGAUUGUGAUCACUACAUCAACAAUAGCAAGGCACUUAGAGAAGCCAUGUGUUUCAUGAUGGACCCUCAACUUGGGAAAAAAGUUUGCUAUGUACAAUUUCCUCAAAGAUUCGAUGGAAUUGAUCGCCAUGAUAGAUACUCAAAUCGGAAUGUUGUAUUUUUUGAUAUCAACAUGAAAGGAUUGGAUGGAAUACAAGGACCAAUUUAUGUUGGAACUGGAUGUGUUUUCAGAAGGUAUGCACUCUAUGGAUAUGAUGCACCUGCCAAGAAGAAGUCCCCAAGCAAAACCUGUAAUUGUUGGCCAAGAUGGUGUUGCCUAUGCUGCGGCUCUCGAAAGAAAAAGAAUGGGAGCACCAAGGAGAGAAAAAAGGUGAAGCACAGGGAUUCAUCAAGGCAGAUACAUGCACUUGAAAAUAUUGAAAAUGGAUUUCAAGGAACCAUUGUGGAUAAGCCAUCCAACUUGACUCAAAUGAAGUUGGAGAAGAGGUUUGGGCAGUCUCCUGUGUUUGUAGCCUCCACUCUUCUUGAAAAUGGUGGAGUUCCACUUGGCAUAAGUCCUGCAUCACUCUUAAAUGAAGCAAUCCAAGUCAUCAGCUGUGGUUAUGAAGACAAAACCGAAUGGGGAAAAGAAGUUGGCUGGAUAUAUGGUUCGGUGACAGAGGAUAUCUUGACUGGAUUUAAAAUGCAUUGCCAUGGUUGGAGGUCUGUGUAUUGCAUCCCUAAUCGGCCUGCAUUCAAGGGGUCGGCACCUAUCAAUCUUUCAGAUCGUUUGCACCAGGUUCUUCGGUGGGCCCUUGGAUCUGUUGAGAUACUUUUGAGUAAACAUUGUCCUAUCUGGUAUGGUUAUGGUGGCGGGCUGAAAUGGCUGGAAAGGUUUUCAUACAUAAAUUCAGUCGUAUAUCCUUUGACUUCCAUUCCGCUGAUAGCUUACUGUACUCUACCGGCUAUAUGUCUUCUGACUGGAAAAUUUAUUGUACCUGAGAUCAGCAAUUAUGCGAGUAUUGUGUUCAUGGCCCUCUUCAUAUCCAUUGCAGCUACCGGUAUUCUUGAGAUGCAGUGGGGUGGUGUUGGUAUAGAUGAUUGGUGGAGGAAUGAACAGUUUUGGGUGAUUGGAGGUGCUUCUUCACACCUUUUUGCCCUUUUUCAGGGUUUACUAAAGGUUUUAGGUGGUGUCGACACUAAUUUCACAGUUACUUCGAAAGCAGCUGAUGAUGGAGAAUUCUCAGAGCUCUAUAUCUUUAAAUGGACAUCGCUAUUGAUUCCUCCAACAACUCUAUUAAUCAUAAAUAUUGUUGGGGUUGUGGUUGGAAUCUCAGAUGCCAUCAACAAUGGGUAUGACUCGUGGGGCCCACUUUUUGGUAGAUUGUUCUUUGCCUUGUGGGUGAUCCUCCAUCUUUACCCAUUCCUUAAGGGAUUACUUGGUAAACAGGAUAGGAUGCCUACCAUAGUAUUGGUUUGGUCAAUCCUACUGGCCUCCAUAUUGACUCUCAUGUGGGUGCGAGUCAACCCAUUUGUUUCAAGAGAUGGUCCUGUGUUAGAAAUAUGUGGAUUGAAUUGUGAUGAUACAUGAAUUAAGAGGCAAACAAGAUUUUCCAGCUACAUUUGGUUGCAUCGUGGAAGAAGCAAAUUCAUUGGAUACGGCACUUUUACCGAUGUUGCACGAAUUUUUGGACGGUAGUUUUAUUUUUAGGGUGUGUAGAUAUGGGGGUGGAGAGCUGAACAAAUUGUUACCUAUAAUUAGAGGUUUUUCAUUUAUUCUUUCAUUACAUUACUGUGAGUCCUAAGUGUUAUCUUUUUCCUGUUUUAUGCAUUCUUUUAAGAAAGUGAAGUGAAUCAUAAGUUAUUCCCUCCUCUAAACGAGGGAUCAUCAGUAUCAAGAAUUAGUUACGAUCAAGUCUUGAGAUGUUCUUGCUUAAAAACUUUGAAGUUUAGGAACAAUGGCAUAUAACUUAUUCAUUUGUGACACCAACAAUUAUGGAUAUUAAAGCUUCUCUCUCAAUGAUGUAA